GACUUGACGGGUCCAUCUCUGCAGCCAUCGGCGUCUCUGCAUCGCGACCCAGCAAACUCCAAAGUCAGAUGCGACUUCUCUUCCGAAAAAUCCGAACGAGAAAAACUCUUUGUUCUCUUCUUUCUCCUUUUUGCAGUAUAUCCACUCGUGUGCGGCUCAGUAUGGAUCCAGGUCUGAAAGAUGUCCACGUCCGAAAAUGCCAAAUACCGAAAGUGUCCGUCCUCCGUCCUCCGUCCGUCGUACGUCGAAUACCAUUUUGAUGGAAGCCGGCGAGCGCAGGGACGAUGACUUUUGAAAAAGAGCUUGAAGACUUCUCUAUCUCCUGAUUCUGCUCUCCUUUCCUUUCCUUUCCUUCCCCCCUCCUCCUCUGCUCUCAUUCUGUGCUCCUUACCACUCCUCUGGCUUUUAGACAAUGCCCCCAAAAAAACGAUCGUUGCAUCAGAGUGUCUGAGUGUAGUAGAGUGCAGCUGUGAGAGUGGCUGUGUAUGUGAGCGAGUGUAUGUACGUUGGUGAGCGAGUUUGGUGUAAGUGGGUCUGUGCGAGAGAGUGUGUGUGUCUGUGCGAGAGUGUGUGUCUGCGCUCUCAAUUUGACUCUGCAGCACGUCUGGGUCCUGCAGCGGUACGUUGGUACUUAGCUGGCUCUGUCUGUCUCGCUGUGAGUCUGCAUUCUUGUCUGUUGAGUGUGUCUUCGUGUGAGUUUUGUCUGCAUCGCCAUGACACAGCAAUCAUCUGACCUGCCUCCACACUCUCCAGAGCGAGGGAUGUUGGGAGUUCCUGGGGCGUGGCGUCGCCGGCCUGACCACACCUCCGGCUUGCACUCAUUCAUACAUCUUCUUCCCUUCAUCCGACUCCCAUCGCUUUUUUUCCGACCGAGCCCGAAUCCUCUGGAUUACAGCGGCGAUAGAGGGAAAGUGAGGACCUCCGAACUGCUUCACGCUUUUCUCAUCAACUUACUUUGCUGCCUCCUCUUUUUUCUUCCACUCUUAUUUUCAGCUCUGCUUUAUCCGUGCUCUACUGUCGAGGACGCGGUCUCGUUCUGUCUUUGCAUUCAGGUGGUACUUGCUCUUCCUGGCACGCUUUCUCUGUUUCUGUGCGUCCGCUGGAUUUUAUAACGCGAUAGAAAGAAGGAAGGACGGAGGUCACGGAAGGAUGGAAUGAAGGGAGGAAAAGCUAGUAUUUGUCUCUACGUCACUCAACUAAAAGCUUGAUGACCAAAUGUAAAGAAGGAAGUAGAGGAAGAACAGUUUUGUUGAUUGAGAGAGAUCAUAUCUGGCACAUGCAAAUAACAUGUACACCUGAAUGAUGUAGUGAUACAUAAGGCCUCAAAAAUCAUGAAAGAGGUGAACCGACGUUUCUCAUUUCAGGCUCGUUAUAUUCGACUGCAUUAUAUUGCCAGGUGUUUCCUGUUAUUAUUUCUUCUUGGCCUUUUCAAAAUACGAUUAAAGAAGGAAGGAAUAAAUGAGGAAGAUGUAACGACACAAGGAAGCAUUAGGCACCGCGUGUUCUACUGCAGCUUAAAAAUAACUGGCCUGGUUGGUGUUGUUGUGCAGGGGCCGACAGCAGUCGGUGGGUGACAUUGUGAGAUGGGCCGCCUACACUGUCUACCAAGUCCACACAAAACACAGAGGACAAACGCGCUGGGGAUGAGUCACACGAGAGAGAGAGAGAGAGAGAGAGAGUAUGCAAAUCAGUGCUUAGUCUUCAGUUUUUUUUUUUUUCUGUUAAACUGCAGCAUGGAGGGGUGGGACUUCCCAUUGGUUUUAAAACUUUCAAUCCCUGGAAAAACUCCAAUUCAGUUAGAGCUGAACACGCAUGCACGCAUGUACACGCACACACACACACAAAGGCCUCAUUGUGUUUGACCCCGGAUGACGAGCAUGCAGGUCAAAGGGGCACGUCAUUCCUAGGCAGUUGAAAAAGGCAAGUACAUGGUAAUGAGUACCUCUGUGUGACUUCAGGCAGAGACACACACUCACUGUGUUUUUUUUGUCUACAGCUCACUCCCUGCGUCUCCCAUUUCCAACUCUCUUUGCUUUCUGCUAUUGGAUUCUUAAUUUCCCUCUCGCUAUUAGGACACACAGUCUCUCUCUUAUAAUAAACCCAACUCCCUGUAAAGAGGCACACUUAAAAUCGCAGCCACAUGCUGUACGCUCAUUUAGCCUGCAGUUUGCUCCAGGGUUGGCCUGACAUAUCGGGUUAAUGUUUAUGUUUUAUUAAAAAUCGCAUAUUAAAGAGCGUGUCAGUCAUCUCUGGAAUAACGGAGAAAAAUUGACUUUGCUGCAGUUAAUUUGGUUUUAAUGUUAUUUUAUAAAGCCUUUAAAAUCACUUCCCCGCUACAGCUGUUAAUGGAGGGUUUUAGUGUCGCAUUGGUUAGCAUUUCACAGGUUUCUAAUCCACUAGGAUACAACUCUGGCAAAAAAUCUAUUUAUGAAUGUUAACUCAUGAAAAUACUCCAACAUCAACAUCGUCCCUGAAAACCCCACACCAGCUUAGCUCCAGUCUGCGCCGCAGACACUUUAAAGAAGUCUCUGUAAGAGCCCCAGCUUCCCACAGCACUCUCUCAUAAUGACACUAUCCCUUUAGGCGUCAACAAUGCCGAGACAAAGCGCAGGUGUAUUUGGGGUAAACACACGACUCCAGCAGCUCUGAAGAUGACAGAGCGUUGGGGCCAGUGCGAUGGGGCUCGGCGUCCCCUCCGCUGCCAGAGCUGUGCAUCUGCCAGUGACGAAGGGAAAGCUCCCUGACAGCUGCCUCUCACACAUCAGAUAAGAUUACAGGUAUACCUGCUACACCUGUUUAAACAACCCAGAGUUCAUGCCACUUUGUGUGGGUGUGGGUGUGGGGGUGUGUGUUAAGCCCGGGGAAGUAGAUAGGGCAAGAUAGCAAACUAAUCCAGUGGCAGGUGCAUGCUUGUAAUUGAGGCAGCUAAAGACAUAGACUGAUGAAAGAGCUCAUUAUUAUUGGUGUUUGGUUUAUGUAAGCACAGAGGGGGCAGAGAGGUUGAGUUGGGAAAUUGUGAAGAGUUCAUGAGGUUUUUUUUUUUUUCAGCUUGACAUGAUCUUUGUCAUAAAUUAAGAAUACACAUUAUGACUGCAUAGAUGAUGUUAUGUUAGGGCGCACGAGGAUCUAAUCAGAUCUUUCUCCUUGGAAAACCACUCACCCGGUCUUUAUUUAUCACCGCCCGCAUGUCGUGAAGGUGGUGUGAGAAACCUUCGCGUGGAGGAGCUCGUGACAUCACCUGCAUGAUUCAGUGAUGGCACCUCACAGCAGCAGAGGAUGGAGAUAAAUCUUCUGUACAUGUUAACACACAAGCACAUGCAUAUGUAUACACAAUGUACACCUCCUCAGCUCCCUUUGGCUCUAGCCUGACAUCUAGCGACACAGGCUGUAAUGUGAUCCCACAUGACACAGGCAUGUUAACGCGACGGGGGCUGUGGAGGAGGAGGAAUCUGUGCAUUGCAAGAGCAGGAAGCCGCUGUAGUGAGAGUGACUGUCUUUAGUGUGUGUGUGUGUCUGUGUGUGUGUGGCCCGGAUAUAAUACUUUCGUAAUAUUCCUAAUUAUUGCUUUUCAGCGUGGUGGUUCACCAUAAUGCACUGACGUAGAGUGCAAACAUCAUCGCCUCACUCGCGUGUGUUUAUAGUGGCUGUUGUGAUGUAAUGGUGCGAGGGGCCGCUGUAAUGAUUUGUAAAUGACAGGUUGGGCGAGUGAUGUUUGGGUGGGUUUAACCCUUCGCUACACCCCUGCUCACCGUGCCGCAGGCUGACUAACACAACAUGUUGUGGCUGCUUUUGUGUUUUCUCAGCAUUUCCCUGUCCCCCUGUGGCACACAAUCUAAAUUUAGCUGCAUCCUCAUGAAACUAAUGAAUCUCUAAGUAUAUCCUUGCAAACUUCCCCUUGUAGCCGGGGAAAAGGACACUGUGUUCCAUUAAAAGACACACUCAACACUUACUUAUAUAUACAGUAUAUGUUUAAAUACACACACACACCCACCAAGUUCGUCUCUCUUCCAGUGGAGUCUGACAGGAAUGAGGUCAGACACACUGAUCCUCGUUGCACAUUAUUAUUAUUAUUAUUACCCGUUUUUUUAUUCGGCCAAUGGGAGGCCAGGGGGAGUGGCUCGGCCGAAAAAUCGGGAUGGAGACAGACGCUGAUUGGCUUUUAUAUCUCGCGAUGAGGGUAUAUAACAGCGAGGUUCUCGUUGUUGUGUUUACAGUAAUAUUACAGAGCGCUCAGGAAACAGGGAGACUAUGAGAAAGCGCAGCUGCUCCAUUCAACCACAUGGUUCCUCAACCGCACAGACAAGCUGCGCUGCAGACAGCCUGGUUCACAUAAGGGACUUGCACUGCAGUUGGCCACAGCGGCGCGUUUCCACUCUUGCAGGGCGAGUUUUCAGCCGCACAGGCAGUUGAAAGUUGCUGUUGAAUAGAUCCGGGAUUUAUUUCUUUUUUGUCUCUGUGACAGUUGAGAGAUCCUGUGUCUCCACUGCGAGCUGAACUGAAACGAGACAGAGAAGAGACUUAGGUGAACUUUUUUUUUUCUAGACCUGUACCCAUCAUCUGUCUCUUAAGCGCCUGAAAUCAGAACCAGUGAGGAAUACAUAUAUUUUUGCGCACUUGAACUUUGUGAAAGCCCUGCACUGAACAGAGUGCUCCCAGACACCUGGAGGAGAGGAUGGUGCAGCACAUGAGCCAGACAGAGAGCGCCCACGCUCACUCCCCCGGCGGGGACUCCACGGACACGGGAGAGAUGGACUUGGAGAUGGACGCGUCUCCGACCCCCGAGUCUCCCUCUUCCGGGGUGCGCAGCGACCUGGCGUGGUGCAAAACUCCGACGGGCCACAUCAAGAGACCCAUGAACGCAUUCAUGGUGUGGUCACAGAUCGAGAGGAGGAAGAUUAUGGAGCAGUCGCCGGACAUGCACAACGCGGAGAUCUCCAAGAGGCUGGGGAAGCGCUGGAAGCUGCUGAAAGACACAGACAAGAUCCCGUUCAUCCGCGAGGCGGAGCGGCUCAGGCUCAAACACAUGGCCGACUACCCAGACUACAAGUACCGGCCCAGGAAGAAGGUCAAGUCGGGGAGCGGAGUGAGUAAGCAGGCGGAGCGCGGGGAGAAGAGCGGGGAGCGCAGCGCCAAAGCCGGCGUGAAGAGAAGCAGCCCCGCGUCCAAAGGAGUGAGCAGGACGCACAGGCAGGGGAGCGUGAAGAGCGCUGCGGGGCAGGACUAUGCGUCUCCCGGUGACCACCAGGCGCUCUUCAAAUCCAGGUCAGUGUCUGGGGCCAGGCAGAUCCCGGAGAAGCGCGCAGGAGAGGCGAGGCGCGGCCACAUGUUCGGCGGGGCAGGCAGCCUGGAGAGCGGGCCUCCCUCUGUGGGAGUCCCGGCCAGUCCCACCCUGAGCAGCUCGGCGGAGUCCAGCGACCCGCUCAGCCUGUACGAGGAGCAGAGCCCGGCGGCCAGCGAGUCAUCGCACACCGCGCGCCUCAGGUACUCCCGCGCCUCCUCCCCGACACCGUCCGCCUCUCACUCUUCCUCAUCCGUGUCGUCCUCAUCAUCGGAUGAAGAGUUCGAAGACGAGCGGCUCGAGCUGAACCCGAGCCCCGGCUUUGAGAGCAUGUCCCUGGGCGGCAUGGGCUUCUCCGACGCAGAGCUGGACCGGGACUUGGACUGGAGCUUCGGGGAGUGCGGGGCGGGCUCUCACUUCGACUUCCCCGACUACUGCACGCCGGAGGUCAGCGAGAUGAUCUCAGGAGACUGGCUGGAGUCCACCAUCUCCAACCUGGUGUUCACCUGUUGAAGAGGACCACGGUGGAGAGGAACCGCGACGUCCCCCCACGUUUAGAACUGUUCAGCCCGCCAGACAGGCGUGUGAGUCCUGACCAGAAUAUUUCCGCCAUUCUUUCACUGAAUAAGGGAGAGUGGAGACAGGAAAGGAAAAGGUGGCCUGUGUGCGCGUUGAAGCCCGCAGGAACGCGCCGCUCACAGACUUGGAUAGCGCGCGGUGCGCUUGACGGGAACGCGCAAACGGGGGGAAAUGCUUAGUUUGCAUUUGGACACAGAGGAGGAGUGAAUGUAAGCAGAGAGCAGCGAAACACACGAACUGCAGCUCAAAUGUCCACCCCAACCCGCCGAGGAUGAGGACUGAGACUGAACUCUGAAACUUAAUGUUAUUUAGGGUCGGGUAAAGGGACACUCACCGGAGAGCUCGUCAUGUUGGGUUUUGUUUAAGAUAUAGCCAAUUCACAUUGACCAUCAAGUUGCUAUUCAGGUGCAGUUUUUCUCCAAACUCGAAAUAGUUUCAAUAUCAGCACGCAUGCCCUCCGAGAUAAGGAGGAUUUUGUUGUGGUUCAAUGCGUAAAAAUGUUCAUUGCUGCGUAAUUACGCAAUUUGUGUGACCAUAGGACACAGUUCACUAUCACCAGCUUCUCUUUCAACGGCAGGACUUAAAACAAAGACUGACUCCAAACUUCAGAAAACCUUUUCUGAACCUUUUUAAACACUCAGUGCACAAUUCAGGACCAAUGUUCCCCAACGCGCAUCCUUUCUGCCUAGUGCUUCAACUUUGUAGUUCCAAUGUGUCAGAUGACGUUUUUUUAUAUUGAUGUAUUUAUACCGGCCAAACUUUUUUAUACAUAGAAGUAUUGUUCUCGUACAGGUCUCAUUUGUGUUUGUGCACAUACACCUGUCUGUAUCCUGCGCGGAAGGGCUAGAAGUGUGUCUUAUUUAAAAAUGUCUGACUUCUCUCACUUUUAAGGAGAUUUGAGUGUGUCAUGAUUUUCUACUUGUAUUUUUGUACAAAAUCUAUAGAAAGGGGGUUUUCCUGGCGAGUGGGUAGCCUACAACAUUGUUGUUUGGAUCUACAUUGAUGUUUAGACGUGCAGAGGGGGGGUUUGUUUGGCACAAUCUGACCUCACACAGUGUUUACAGUAUUUACCCACAUGCUUCUUAAUGGCACAGUGACUCUAGUUUCACCAGCCAAGUAAACAAAGCACCACUGAGGCUCCCAGCCUGAGUGGUGACGGUGUUUCCAGUACACAUAGACCUAAAGUAUAUGAGUGAAAGAUCCCAGAGAGUCACUGUUUUGGAUAGAGCUAAUACCUCUGUGUGCUUUUUAUCAAGAUAAGUUUUAUUUGAACCACUGGAUGGAAUUUCACACUCAUUCCACUUUGCCUAGACUUUGGAGGGAGGGAGAUGUAUGAAGUGCUUCAUCUGUUAUUGCGCAAAUUGCAUCAACAAAAAAAAAUAGUAUUUAACCUUUCUGUACCUGUUGGCUAAGUAUAGCAGGCUAAUUGUUUUCCUAUAUUAUGGCAUGGCAAAUAGCAUUUGUAUUUCAGAUUCAGGUAUAUGUAGCUAUAGCUGUUGUGUUUAAGAUUUUUAAAAGAAUAAUAACAUGAAGAUAUUUAUGUAAACUGACUGUACUAUAAGCAAAGAUUGUGUGUUUUAUGUAUGAUGAUGAUCAACGACAGGCACUAGGACAGCCAUCUUUUGACAUCCUUAUGUUGAAGAUGAUUGUGGUCCAGGAUUUUUGUUUUGUUUGGGUUUUUUUUUUACCUUCAAGACAUCUUUUGUAUCGUCCUUUUUCUUUCUUCAUUCGUGCAAUAUGCUGUGUAUGAUCAUGUUUUGUCCAAUCAUGCCAAUAUCAUUUGAUGUUUAUUGCUCAAAACCAGCCAAUGUUUGGGUCAAUCACUGCCUCUCAGACCUCUGUACAGAUUGUCGUUUUUGUUUUUUGUUUUUUUUAUUUGUUUUUCUUUUCUUCCGAGAAGGAAAUAAAAUCAGCUGGAACUGAAAAGUACAAAGUG